AUGUUCGGAGAUGUUAAUAUAUCUGCGAUUUUGGAUUCUCUCAGCGUAAGCUACGACAAACGAGUGAGGCCUAACUAUGGAGGUCCGCCAGUGGAGGUGGGCGUCACCAUGUAUGUGCUCUCUAUCAGCUCCGUCUCCGAAGUGCUCAUGGUACUCGCCACUGUCAGCUCACGCUUGUCUCGGUCGCCGCGGCCCCAGCCGCUGCGACCGAGCAGCCCCAGACACGAGGCUGCGAGCAUGCCGGCG